AUUCCGCGACUUCAAAGAAGACUGGUACUGUUUACCUGCUUUCUCAUGUGAAUGCAGGCACGGGAGCGUAUUGAUAAAACAUUUUUUUUAUUUAACCAUUUUAAUUCUUAAACAACAAAAGUAUGUCUAAAGCUGCUCAACUCCAACAAACAGACCUGUACGGCUUAAUAGGCGUGGAUAUCGGCGCCAGUGACAAGGAGAUUAAAAGAGCAUACAGACUAAAGGCUUUGACAUGCCAUCCAGACAAGAACCCAGAUAACCCCAAAGCUGCUGAACUCUUUCACCAGCUUUCCCAGGCUUUAGAAAUUCUGACUGAUGCAGCUGCCAGGGCAGCCUAUGAUAAACUUAGAAGAGCGCAAAAGCAAGCAGAGGAGAGGACACAAAAACUUGAUGACAAACGAAAAAAAAUCAAGCUAGAUUUAGAGGCCCGUGAAAGGGAAGCGCAAACCUUAAAUGUUGAAGAAGAUGAAUUUAGCAUCACACAGAAACUGGAAGAAGAGAUAGCCCGAUUACAAGAAGAAGGGUCAAGACAGCUUGAGGAGCAACAGAGACUAAUACGGGAACAGAUACAAAGAGAGCAAGAAGCCAGGCUAGGCAGUCAUGGCAAAAUGGGAACUGACAGCAGUGUAACGCCAAAAUUGAAACUAAAAUGGAAGAGUACAAAACAUGAUAAGACCAAUGGUGGUUAUUCUCAUAGCCUUCUAGUUGGUCUUCUACAUAAGUAUGGUGAUGUUCUCAAUGUUCUAAUCUCAAAUAAGAAGAAUGGCAGUGCUAUAGUGGAGUUUGCCACACUGAAAGCAGCAACACUUGCAUUCAAGAAUGAAAGAGGCUUAGUAGAUAACCCAUUAAAGAUCUCUUGGCUUGAAGGACAGGUGACUUCAGAAGAAGCUACUUCAACAAAGUCUGGACAGUUCAUACAUGGAACCAACCAGUCUUGAAGACCACCAGGAAGCUCACUGACAUCACUUCCUUCUGAGCCUGCUAAGCUUCACCCUUUGGGAUAUUCAUUAUACUGUAUAACACAGCCAAAGAUCAAAGUGGAUGUCCACCCACAACUGAUGGAGACCUGUUGCUCAGACCACUAUCUUGUCAGUUACUGACACCAUCUGAUUGUGACUUGAGUUACGUAUUCUUAUUUUCUUUUUGUUUUUAGUUAUUAAAAGGGUUUUCUCUGAGGUGGAACCCCAACUAUUUAUCUUUCCCCUUUUUGUUUUUUCCCCACAAGAGGAAGUAAAUAGACAGUUUCAUACCCAAUGUCUUCUGCCCUGUACCUACACUGGGAACCUCAGCUGUCUAUUUGUUUAGAUGGACGUAC